UGGGAAGAGCGGAGCAUGCUGGGAAGGGAGAGACGGCGCUCCAAUGCCCACCGCCCUGAACUACAAAUCCCAGCGACUGCCGCGCGGAAGGGAGGUGUCGUACCGGAUGUCCGUUUCGGCUGGGGCCCGGAGAGCAGCCUGAAGCCGCGGCUUUGGAAGUCACCCAGCCUCCGCGGGACCCCGGAGAUCGGGGAGAUCGGGGUGGGGGCUCGACCCCGAGGGAUCACCAUGAUCCGAUUCAUUCUCAUCCAGAACCGAGCGGGCAAGACCCGCCUGGCCAAGUGGUACAUGCAGUUUGACGAUGAUGAGAAGCAGAAGCUGAUUGAGGAGGUCCACGCUGUUGUCACAGUCCGAGACGCUAAGCACACCAACUUUGUGGAGUUCCGCAACUUCAAGAUCAUUUAUCGCCGUUACGCCGGCCUCUACUUCUGCAUCUGUGUGGAUGUCAACGACAACAACCUGGCCUACCUGGAGGCCAUCCACAACUUUGUGGAGGUCUUAAAUGAGUAUUUCCACAAUGUCUGUGAGCUGGACCUCGUCUUCAAUUUCUACAAGGUUUACACGGUGGUGGACGAGAUGUUCCUGGCCGGGGAGAUCCGAGAGACCAGCCAAACAAAGGUGCUGAAGCAGCUCUUGAUGCUGCAGUCCCUGGAGUGAGGGGGCCCGGCUGGGCCCCACCCUGCCCCCACCCCUCUGUCCUCCCCCUCCCCCAGCAGAUGCUCCGAGUUUACCGUCUGGGACGGCGGGACCACACCCUGGCCGGGAUCAGGAGGAGGGGAGCCCCUUGUGUGUGGUGCCAUAGCCCCUGGAACCCUGCGGUCACGGCAGCGCCGCCGUGAGCAUGUGAGCGAGCCCGUGUGUCUGCGUCCGCGUGCGUGUAUGUACAUAUGUGUGUACCUGGAGCUCCCAAUAAAGUUGUGGACCCGG